ACUACGAACUUCUCUAAUGCAUAAUGUAAUUUGACCUAAAUUAAUCAGCAAAUUUCUUUUGUGAACCUUUGUGUCCAUCCCGUACAUUAUUGGAAAUUUGUAUGCUUGAUGACAUUAUAACUGGAGGUGGUACAGCAGGCACAGGGCUCAGAAUACUGUCUGUGUGGAGACUUACAUAUCCUCCAAUGUACAUAUCCUCUCUGGGUUUCCUCCAGGUUGUCCAGUUUUCUCCUACCUGCCAAAACAAGGGGUGAAUGAUUGUGUGAAUGUACGUGUACGCACCAGUCCCACAGAAAACGUGCUUUCUGAAUUAAUGAUUGAGUGAAUAGGAUCAUACCACGGCAUUUUAUUGGCCUCUUAUUAUCUGUGCCAGUUACUGAUCAGACCUCAGAAGGAUGCAGAAUAGAUUAAAGGUGGAUUUUCCCCACAUCCUCAUCAGAUCUGAAGUUAAACAGAGCUCAGCGCCACCCUGGCAGGCAUGCGGAUUCGGCUGCAGAGGUCAGGCCAUGCGGCCCUGCUUCUAGCUGAACUCAACCGCUUCCGCCUGUCACGGCUCCACUGCGACGUGUUUCUGCAGGUUGGAGGUCGAUCGUUCCCUGCUCAUCGCGCAGUCCUUGCGUGUGCAAGCUCUCACUUCAGCAGCAUGUUAUCUAGGGGCCAAUACGGCCAGAGUGGCACUCCUGCCACAUUCUCUUUGGACUUCAUCUCUGCAACCAACUUUGAGAAAGUAUUGACUUUUAUUUACACGGGUGAGAUCCUGACUGAUCUGAUAGACGUCGGUGUGCUGUAUGAGUUGGCGGAAAGACUGGGAGUCAGAGAGCUGGUGCGGGCUUGCCAUGCCACCUUCCCAGACAUGAAGAGCUCAGAUGGAGAUGUGGAAACAGACAUGGCCCCUGCUACCACCAUGACUGCUUCCAUGUGCUCUUCAUCAGCGGCGUCCUGCUCUUCUCUGUCAUCUCCUGCUGCUCCCACUCCGGUGACGCCUUCUCCACUGCUUCAGAGCAGAGUGAACAGGGUAAACCGCUCUCAUGUGCCCCCCCUCUCACUCUCCCACUUGCCUAAAGCAGAGGAUGGCUUUCAGCUACAUUUGAGCUAUAACCAGCUGGCAAACAACAAACAGAGCUCAUUAGAUAACCACCACUCUCAGGCUUCUGAGAUUCUCCCAGCUCUCACCUUGCAGCUUAAAACUGAACAGGAAGAAGAGAAAGUGGAUGGGAACCACAGCCCAGAAGAGCGAGCCAUCAUCAAUGGUAACAACCCAGCACUCUCUAAAGUGUGUUCCAUUCCUGACUCGUCAGCACAGGCCGGAGGGGAAAUCUGCGCACCAUCAUCCUCUUCAGGUGACCCGCUGGAUAGCCUGCAGCUUAGAGUGGUUGAAGGAGGUGCUGGACUUGGGGUUGGGGCAGUCAAAGAAGCCAUUUUGUUUGGAGAAGAGGACAAUGCAGAAAAAAGGAGCCUCCAUGAUGGGCCUCCAGAAGAUGGAGAGCAGUGGAGAGCGCUGGUGGGGGAUGUAAUCGAACUGAGCGACGAUGAAGAAAAUUACAUUGAGGAAGAGGAAGACGACGAAGACCUGAUGUGCAUAGAGAACGGCGGAAGUGGUAUCUCGGUGAGUCGAGGCCAUCUGGCUCCGUCAUCACAGCCCUGUAAAACCUGUGGAGUGUUGUUGCAAGCAGAUAACAGUGUGUUACGCUCUCAUGCUGAGACACACCUGUCUGAGUCGGGAAGCUGCCGGGUGUGCGGCACUUCUUUCCCUGACCGCUCAUCCAGCGUCGCUCAUGCCCUCACUCACGUGGGCAUCCUGUUGUUUUCCUGCGAGAUAUGCGAGUUGCAGUUCUGCACUGAGGCCGAACUGAUCCGUCACAGGCGUCAGUCAGUGGCCAGGUGCGUCCCUCAAAUGUCAGAGCAAUUUAACAACGCCACUCAGGGGCCUGGAGGGGAACUGCACUGCAGUGUGUGCAGUAAAUUCAUCACUAAGGAUUUAAAGGCUCUCAGGGAGCAUGUACAGUGUCACGUGUGUUUGCGGACAUUGCGCUGCGGUGUGUGCCAGUCACCUCAACCCACACGGUGUGCUCUUCUGUGGCACACGCUUACACACCUCCUUGUCAUCUACUCCUGCCCACAGUGCGCCUGUCCCUUCCUGGAGCGACCUCUGCUUGACACACACUUAGCCCUGCAUGCUGAACAUGGAGGAGCUGCCAAAGAGGAUGACGGCAGUCAGGAGGGCAGUACAGGACAGGGUGAGUUUCAGUGCUUCCUUUGUCCACAGACCUUCCCUUCAGACGCAGCCUUCCAUUACCACCUGAGCACGCAUCCAAGUGAGCCGCAAAUAUGGCCUGGUAAGCGCAAGGCAGACCAGCCACUGGAGUUUUCUUCCUCCUCUUCAUCUCCCCUAGAGCCAGGCGGCAUCAGUAAACUUGGUGGGCUGGGCUUUAACAUGGGCGCAUUUAUACCAGACAAAAUGAUUCAAGCUGGUAUGCCUUUCCCUGCUGGACUUUUACAGAAUGGCGUCUCUUCCGGUUGCCCUCAAAUGGGUGCAGUUCUGAAACAAAAGUGGUACCGCUGCAGGUAUUGCGGCAAGCGUUUCGCACACUCCGGCGAGUUCACCUACCACCUCCGCAUCCACACAGGAGAGAAGCCGUACCAGUGCAAGGUGUGCCUGCGGUUUUUCCGCGGCCGCUCCACCAUGAUCUGCCACUUGAAGACGCACUCGGGCGCCCUGAUGUACCGCUGCACCGUCUGCGGCCUCUACUUCUCAACGCUGAAGAUGGUUUCGUCCCACAUGGAACUCCACAAGGAACACCUACCUCCUGAUUUCAACAUAGAGGAGACGUUCAUGUACAACGACCACUCCAAAGAGCCGGUCCCUAAUCUGGACACCUGAAACUUCUACUCAUGUGCCUAAAUACUUAUCUCGCUCGUUAUCUGUGACCGUUGUUGAGGACCAAGUAGAAUUAGGAUGCUAUUAAAUGUUUUCUGUGCUAGAGACUGGACAUUGAAGUAGGUACUGUUAUUGCGUUGCCACUUGGUGGCAGCAUUUAUGUAUUCUGAGGGGCAAACUGACUGUUCGUGUGGCUGUGAGGUUUGAUCAUUAGUAUAGGAAUACCUCUUGAUGUUCUUCCUUCUACUCAUUCUGUAAUUAAUAUAAGCUAAAUGUAAAUAUUCUAGAGUGUUACAACAGCAUAUUGUAUCACCAGUAAAUAUGAUGGUGUACAUGGGCAUUGCAGCAAGAAAUGAACGAUUUAAUGACCAGAUACAAAACCGUGCUCUGCUUUUUUUAUUUGCCGUUAUACAGAGGGUCAUUUUGUCUUUAAUUUGAUUAUUUAUUUUUACACUUUAUUUUAUUCAUCAUAUUCACUCCGUUUUCUACAUCAUGUUUGAAUUCAGCCCAAAGUGCUCUUUUAUUAAUUAUGUGUUUAUGUAUUACGACGGUAUUGAGCAAGUCAAAUCAGCGUAAGCGUAGAGUAAGGAAUAACUCCUGUGCAGUCAGUAUAGUUCUCUCCUCUUUUUUAUAAGCUUCUCCCAGUGUUCAUCUUUAUUAUAUCAUAUUUUCCUGUCAAUUGGAUUGAAAAAGCCAAGAUAAAUUUAUACAUUUGGUACAAAUCUUGACGUUUGUGUAUCCAUAAAGCAGCAGGAAUAAGUAGCAUUUUUAACAUCAUUUCUAAUGUUAUACACGGAUGGCUGGUGUAGUCGGCGAUUCCAGCGUCAGGACCAACGGCAAGUUCAGCAGUACUUUUCAGAAGUGUAAAAAAUGGUACCUAUUGCCUCUUUAAGUGGGCUAAUUCCACGAUGUGUAAUAUUUUUUUAAUGUGAAUGCAGUACCUUAUCAUACAAUUUUAAGAUCAAUAACUAUCUAUUUAUUUAUUUAUAGCUUUUUAUGUUGAUACAUUCUAUUUUGUAAGGAGUGUUUUCAUCCUAAAUAGAUGCGUAUUCUCAGACUGUAUUUGUUUCGUAUGUGUUCUGAAUAAAAUUGAGUGUUGCAAACAUACACAGGCGUGACCGUGUGAUGUUGAUCUUCUCAGAAUUUGCACGUAGCCAUUGAAACCCGGUUCAACAUGGAGGAGCUGUUCAUGUACAACGACCCUAAUCUGGACACCUGAAACUUAAGAUGCUGUUAGGCGUUAGACUGGACAUUAAAGUAGGUACUGUUAUUGCAUUGCCACUUGGUGGCAGUAUUUGUGUAUUCUGAGGGCACACAGUGAGUUUAACAGUGAAUUACGCAAAUUCCCGUAAGUUCUGAAAUGACCGUUCAUGCCACUUUUGCACAAAAGCUCUGUUUGAAUAAAAUGUAUUGUUUAAAAAAAAAGACUUUUAAAGAGCCAAGUUAUUUAUUUCAUCCAGUGUACAGACAUCAUCCUCUACAUAUCUGUUAUUGCUGCACUUUUGUUUUAUCUUUGGCAUGAUUGCCAGCAGCUUCCUGUGGGAGUGUGAUGUAGGGAGUUUUCUUCCUUCCUCUUCUAAACCCAGUGACAGG